AUGUGUCGAGUGGAAACGAUCGUUCUGGCGGUGGUUCUUUUGGUGGAAUGUGGCGCGUUGCACAUGUACCCGGAAAUAUUCGAUCCGGCCCGGUUCCUGCAGCGACCUCUGCCCCUUAAAGCUCACAGUGAACGGAGCGCUUACCCGGGGGAGGCGGGCGGUGCGGAGUCUACCGGAGGUUUCAAGGAUGGCGAGGUGGGUUUCGUGCGAUCGAGCAGCGAAUCGGGCAAAGGGGGCUAUCGGCAUCGGGAAAACUUUCACAAAAAGGACGGCAACCAGUACGGGCACGAAAAGCAGACGGGAUUCGGUGAGUCGAAGCGCACCGGGGAGAAGGCGGCCGAUAAGAAGGAGGAACAAGGGCGUCUGAUGGUGCACGCGGAUCACUACCGCCCAGAACCAACGUACGAGGUCACCGAGGAACAGAGCGACUUUGAGAACCCUGAUAAGUUUAAAAAGUACGGCGGAAGCAACCAGAAGGACAAGAAAAAGGCAACCAGUGUGGUACCGGAAAAGAAGUCCUCUCGGCAAACGGCAGCCGGUGGUCCAAAGGAUCGUUCGCAUCACAAGAAAAACGACAAGGGCUACGAGUCGAUCGUUUACCAUGAGAACGAACGCGACAGCUCGGAGCAUGGCUACGGAAAGCGCAAGUCCAGCGGUAAGCUUCCGGACCAGAAGCCAGCAAAGCAAAUGGCCGCCCACGAUGUCGAUGAGGAAGGGUUCGAGGGCAACGAGGGGGACGAUCGCGAUGGAAAUUCUUCAUCAGAGCGGGAUUACGAACACGAAUACGAUGAAAAUACUGGGCGCGAGUCCGACUUUGACGACAACUACGAAGGCGUUCGGUUCGACAGCGAUUUCGAGCGGUCGUUCGGAAGUGAGGAACAGGGUGGCGAUGAGGAAAGCGAAGGUGGUAAGCGGGGUAAUGGCAGGACGGCGGCCCGACAGAACCAGGACUACGAUUACGACGAGGAGGUCGAUCGGGAUGAGGUGGAUGAGUCGGCGAACGAGGACAAGUAUCGAGGAGGGGAGGACUCGGAGGAAGAGGACGGUGACGAUCGACAGUAUGAGUACGCAAGCGAGGCCGACGGCGAUGCUCAAGAUUACUAG